AUGGACUCGAAUAAUAGUCCUCGCUUUGUUGUGACGGCGUGGCGCAAUGGCCAGGAAUUGCUUCAGCUACGCCACGACUUCUACAGCUCUGAGACGCUUAGAAGAGAAAAGGCUGUCAACAAGGUUUUUGCGUGGCGUCUGCGUAAGCCAGAUGCUCUACCUUUGCUGCUAGAGUCGACGGCAGAUAUUGUUGAUGUCAUCCUCCAAAAUGGGAGGGGCGGCCUGCAGCACAAUGCCCUGCGGCUGUUGUAUGCAACAGCACUAUCAAGAUUCGUAACCGGCCUAGCAGAUACCCAGAUCGACUUGACGCGUGACCGCCCCUCGUGGUUCCCCGCUGGAAAGUCGCUCCAACUACCCCUCUCCCUGCUGGAAACACGGCACCGCAUCGUCCAUCGGCACUUACCAUCGCUUGCAGAGCUGAAGCGCGCUGCCGCAGACUCACUCGAGUGGCUGUGGGAGUGGUACUGGCGGCAAUUGGAUUAUGCCUUUGAGACUGGCGGCGACGGCGAGGCUGAGGAUGAGUUUGGGUUAGAAACCAGAGCGGCAGUCAAGGAGAAACUGCAAGCCGUCUUGAAGUCGUACGUUAAAGAGAGGAAAAAUGAGAUUAAGCAACGACGACAAGACAACAAGGCAGCCCAAACAGCCUUGUCAACGUACACCUUGCAUUUCUCCGCCAACACGCCAACACAACGUAUUCUGCUUGGCCUCCUUGUAGACGAAAAAAUGAUUCUGCCCACGGACAAGAAGCUAGGCUCCUCCAUGUCCGGCGCCUUUCUCAUCUGGACCCCUUUACUUACGGCCUUUUGCACUUCAUCUACACUCUCCAUCAAUGCCCUCAUUACUCGCCUCCUCGACCAACUCUUCGCAUUCAAGGUAAAUAGCCAUCAUACUUCUGUUGCCGACUCCGACGACCCUAUCAAAGAAGCAAUGUACACCUGGCUCUGCCACAUGCUCACCUCAUCCGACUGGGCCCCCGCAAGACGCGUUGCUGUGUCAGCCGAAAAAAUGCAAGAAGACGUUCUUGUGCAGAUUUUCUCAGCCCCAUGUUUCUGGGGCUUGAAACUCGCAGAGGCCUUGUUGGAUAAGGGUCACCUGGCUAGUGCUGAGUCCUGGCGUGCUGUUUUGCUUGCUGCGAGGGGUGAGGGCGGAGUAGAGGAGGAUGAUAUGGAUGUUGAUAUUGAUGUUGAUGUUGAGGCUGAGGUUGAGAAUAUAACGGCGGCGUUGCCUGUUCGAGGUGUGGGAGAUGGGAUGCAAGGAAAGAUUCAGGGGCCAGUCAAGGUGUUGGGGAUGUGGAAGAGUAGGCCGAUUGGCUGGGUGGCUGAGGGCUGGGAGGAUGAUGAGUAG